CAACGAAAGUGUAUUAUAUAUAGAAGGAACCACCCUUUUGCACUACCUCAUGAAACAGAGAAGCCAUUUUUGUUCCUUCUCUUCAAACUCUCCCCUCAAGGCCACAACUUCAAUGUCCUCCUCCUCUUCCUGCUCCUCUGUUCACAACAGAGCAGCACCCCCGAAGGCCUUGCUCUGCUUCUGCUUCGCUCUUUGUUACAUACUGUUAUGUCUCUGCUCUGUGAGCUCUGUUUCCGGCCAGUCGUUCGCCUGCGGCGAAAGCGGUAAUGCCAGCAGCUUCCCGUUCUGCGACAAGUCGUUGGCGGCCGAUGCGAGGGUGGCGGACCUGGUGCAGAGGCUGACAUUGCAAGAGAAGAUUACGUUUCUGGUGAACAGUGCAGGGAGCGUGAGCAGGCUUGGGAUACCAAAGUACGAGUGGUGGUCGGAGGCUUUACACGGUGUGUCGUACGUCGGCCCAGGAACUAGGUUUUCUAGUGUCGUCCCCGGAGCGACCAGCUUCCCUCAGCCCAUUUUGACCGCCGCGUCGUUCAACAACUCUCUGUUUGAAGCCAUUGGAAGGGUGGUGUCAACUGAGGCUAGAGCAAUGUACAAUGUGGGAUUGGCAGGAUUGACAUACUGGUCUCCAAACAUUAACAUUUUCCGAGACCCGAGAUGGGGAAGAGGCCAGGAGACUCCGGGAGAAGACCCAUUGCUUACGAGUAACUACGGAUCAGGAUAUGUUAGAGGUCUUCAACAAACCGAUAGCGAAGACAAGAGUAGGCUUAAAGUUGCAGCAUGUUGUAAACAUUAUACAGCCUAUGAUUUGGACAAUUGGAAAGGAGUUGACAGAUACACCUUCAAUGCAGUGGUAACAAAACAAGAUAUGGAUGAUACAUUUCAACCACCAUUCAAAAGUUGUGUUCUUGAUGGGAAUGUUGCUAGUGUCAUGUGUUCUUACAACAAGGUGAAUGGAACACCAACCUGUGCAGAUCCCGACCUUCUUUCUGGGGUUAUCCGAGGCGAAUGGAAGUUGAAUGGAUACAUUGUUACUGAUUGUGAUUCAAUAGAUGUCUACUACAAGAACCAACACUACACCAAGACGCCUGAAGAGGCUGCAGCAAAGGGCAUAUUGGCAGGAGUGGAUCUAGACUGUGGAUCAUUUCUAGGAAAAUACACAGAAGGAGCAGUGAAAGGGGGACUUGUUACUGAGGCAGCUAUUGACAAGGCAAUCACAAACAAUUUUGGCACUUUGAUGCGUCUCGGCUUUUUUGAUGGAGAUCCAAGGAAGCAACCAUAUGGAAAUCUUGGUCCAAAAGAUGUGUGCACUGCAGCAAACCAGGAACUGGCACGUGAAACAGCAAGACAAGGGAUAGUGUUGCUCAAGAAUGCUCCAGGAUCACUGCCUCUGUCUCCCACAGCCAUCAAAUCCUUGGCAGUUAUAGGUCCCAAUGGCAAUGUCACAAAGACCAUGAUCGGCAACUACGAAGGCAACCCUUGCAAAUAUACCACUCCUUUGCAAGGCCUAACAGCAGUAGUUCCCACAACAUUUGUGGCCGGGUGCCCGGAUGUGGCUUGUGGCACUGCCAAGGUUGAUGAUGCUACCAAGUUAGCAGCAGCAGCAGAUGCAACUGUAGUUAUAGUGGGUGAAAAUCAAUCAAUUGAGACUGAGAGUCAUGAUAGAAUCGACCUCUAUCUUCCAGGACAGCAAACUCUUCUAAUAACUGAAGUAGCAAAGGCAUCUAAAGGACCUGUAAUACUUGUCAUAAUGUCUGGAGGAGGUUUUGAUAUCACCUUUGCAAAAAAUAAUGACAAAAUUACAAGCAUUCUUUGGGUUGGCUACCCCGGCGAAGCUGGUGGAGCUGCCAUUGCUGACGUGAUUUUUGGCUUCUAUAAUCCAUGUGGAAGACUACCUAUGACGUGGUAUCCACAAGCUUAUGUAGACAAGGUCCCUAUGACAAACAUGAAUAUGAGAGCAGAUCCUGCAAGUGGUUACCCAGGAAGGACUUACCGGUUUUACACUGGUGACACGGUUUAUGCAUUUGGAGAUGGAAUAAGCUACUCCACCUUCAAUCACCGCCUUGUUCGAGCACCGAACCAAGUUUCCAUUCCCUUAGAAGAAGAUCAUGUGUGCUACUCAUCAAGUUGCCAAUCACUUGAUGUUGUCGAAGAAAGGUGUCAAAAUCUAGCCUUUGAUAUCCAUUUGGGGGUGAAAAACAUGGGCAAAAUGUGUGGAAGUCAUACAGUCUUGCUGUAUUCGAGUCCUCCAUCUGUGCACAAUGCACCAAAAAAGCACUUGUUGGGAUUUGAAAAGGUUUUCCUUAGCUCUCAGGGAGAAGCAUUGGUCAAGUUCAAUGUGGAUGUUUGCAAGCACUUGAGUGUGGUUGAUGAGCUAGGAAAUAGGAAAGUUGCUUUGGGAGAUCAUGUGCUGCAUGUAGGAGAUUUGAGACAGACAUUGAGUGUGAGGAUUUGAAACAAGUCUUCAAGUCCUCUGCUGCGAUUAUGAUUCUUAGAACAAAUGGAAAAUUUGUGCCUCAGAAUAAGUUAGAUAAUUUUCCAAAGGUUCUCAUUUCUUUAGGCCAAGCCUCGUUGUUCAGAAUUUAAAAAAA